AUGAACCCUCACGACUCGAAAUCUUAUGAUUUUAGCCAUAAUAUUCCUCUAGGUAUGACCAAUCAUGAUAGCAGUAAUAAUGAUAACGUUGGCGAUAGUGGGAAUCAGUUUUUCAACAGUGGUAAUGAAACUCUGUCUUAUGAUUCAAUGUUGGAAGUUUUACCAGAUUAUGUGAGUUUUUUAGAUCAAUUCAAUACUGAUUCGCCAAAUCAACAGACAAACUCAAAGGGCAUAGACGACUCUAUGCAACAAGACGUCAAUAAUAUCAAUAAUAUCAAUAAUAUCAAUAAUAUCAAUAAUAUCAAUAAUAUCUUGGGGAAUACCAUUGGUUCCAACUCCAAUAAUACGCAUAAUAGUAAUACCCAGCACAACAAUGAUAAUAACAAUAAUAAUAUUGAUUCGACUCAGCAAUCAAAUACUGACCCUAUAGAUAUUGUAAAUCAACAAAAUGGUGAAAUUGCGCAGCUAUGGGAUUUUAACUUAGAUGAUUUUAUGAUGACUCCAAAUGGUUCGAACUCAGCUACUAUAAGUGCUCCUAAUAGUUUUAACUCAGAUAUGCAUUCACAUUAUAUGGGAGGUAGUGCUCCUGGAAAUUCUCUUUUUGCACCUCAAUCUUUAUUUAAUUCGAUAAAUCCUUCACACGUUAUUAACAUGGAAGGCUUCGAUUACACAGAGCCUUCUUCUUUGGUUACUUCACUUAUGGGAAAUAGUUCUUCCCAGAAAAGGGAUAGUGGUUCUUUAUCCAGAAGAAGAUCAUCUACCCAUCUAAAUAAACAGAAAUUCAAUGAAGAUGGUGGACUACCGUUGGGUUCGCUACAGACUUCAAAUCAAAAUUCCAUAAGGAAAAACUCAGGUGUGAGACAAAUGUCAUCGACUUCGUUAUCAAAUUUGAAAAGAAAUUCUACUAAUAUUCCAUCACAAUCAAAAGACCAGGUACCGAAGAAAGAUCCAGUUCUAUGUGCUAAUUGUAAGACUUCAAAAACUCCUCUUUGGAGAAGGGAUCCCCAGGGUAAUGUCUUAUGUAAUGCAUGUGGUUUAUUUCAAAAGCUUCAUGGUACUAUGAGACCUUUGUCUUUGAAAACUGAAGUUAUUAAAAGGAGAAAUGCAAAGAAGAGGUCGAAAAAAAAUCAAAAUAAUGAUGAUGGUAUUAAACAAAGUACAAAAUCACAAGAAAAAAGUAAAGUUGGCCCACAAGAAAUUAAUCAAAAUAGAAUGGUGCAAGGUAAUGGUCUUCAAAAUAUUAAUAAUAGUUUACCAAUGAAUUUUACAACAGCAGAUACUCAUAGUUUCAUUGAUACUGCUUAUCAACAAUCACCGCCAAUUAAUGUUAGUUCGACAUCACUUAACAAAACCUUAACUAGUGGAUCUAGUGUCGGAAUUCGUAAAUCUCGUGCAAGCAGUACGUCAUCAAACUCUAGUCGAUCGUCAACAAAAUCUGUAGUACCGAUAUUACCAAAACCUUCACCAAAUUCUCAAGUAUCAUACGGUUCAGGGAUACCGCUAUCUCAUAGUGCAAAUAGUAGCAACGCAUCAUCGCCUAGGGUUUCCCAAGGACAAUAUAGUCCAUUAACCUCUGCUAUGUUAAAUUCUAAUAGUACUAAUCAAACAAGUUUGUUUUCAAAUUCAUAUGGAAGAUCAGGUAUGACAAUACCGAGACGUAGGUUGUCUAGAAAUGCAUCUAGCUCUGGAUUAGGAACUGCAUCACAACAACCAGUUUCUAAUUCUGUACUUCUCGCUAACGCUACUACUCCUGGUAGUGUGGGACCAAGUUCAAUGGUAGCCAACGUAAAUGAGGUAUCACCAGGAGGGUUUCCCCCACAGAAGUCAGGCUUUGAUCAAUUUUCAAUGGGAUCAGAAUCUCCAAAAAUAUCUCGAUCGUCUACUAAGAGAUCCCAUACAUCCUUAUUAUCACAACAACUACAAAACUCAUCUUCGCAACCCAAUGAUGUUAAAUAUUUUUCAAACAACCACUCGAAUGAAAUCUUAUCAAAUAUGAAUUAUCAACAAAUUAAUUCUGCUAUGAACAAUUCCAAUCCUUCCUCGUGGAAGUAUUCUACAAUAACAGCGUCACCAAGAAAUAGCUACACAGAUUCUAUACAACAGCAAAGAGGAGUUCGUAAGGAUGAAUCAUCAUUUAUAAAUUUAAGAAAUUCUAACUCAAUGAAUAUACGUAGAAGUGAUUCUCUAAAAGAACCAUCGACUUUUAGAAAUACUACAGGAUCAAAUGCAAUUACUUCAGUAUCAAAUACAAACGUAUCAGGAACAACGGAAAAUUCAAAUAAGUCGAGAACUAACAUUGCAGAUGAUUUAGAAUGGUUAAAAUUCGGUCUAUAG